AACCACAAACAUGGACUAAAGAAGUAAUUGCGGAAUAUCAACGCCAUUCUGAUUAUGUUCGGUAUAGUCAACUUGCUGAAGAAUUCUGCUCAAAAAUGACCCCAGAACAGAUUGCUUUUCAUGAUGAAAUUAUAGACUAUAUACUAUGGAAACCAGAAGCUGGUCCUAUUCCAAUAUCAAAAUUUCCAAAAUUUUUAGAUGGAAAGGCUGGUCGUGGUAAAACAUUUCUUAUUAAUGCUAUUUGUCACUCAAUCCGUGCUGCAAAAAAAAUUAUAUUACCUUGUGGAACUACUGCAUUAGCAGCAUUAUUGUAUGAAGGUGGUCGCACGGCUCACUCAUUAUUUAGAAUGCCUGUGGAAGAAAACAAUGUCAAUGUUCAAUCAACAAUCAGAUACCAUAGUAACCGUGCAGACUUAAUCCGUGAAUCAAUGCUAAUAAUUUGGGAUGAACUCCCAAUGGCAAAUAAAGCUGUUCUAGAAGGAGUUGAUCUUCUUCUUAGACAAAUCUGUAACAAAGACGAACCAUUUAGAGGAAAACCAUUUAUAGGUGCUGGCGACUUUAGACAAGUAGCGCCUAUUGUCAAAGGAGCGGGAAAAAGUGCUACCAUUGAUGCAUCAAUUAAAACUUCAUAUCUAUGGACGUACUUUGACAAAUAUACCCUCCACCAGCCUAUACGUAAUGCAAAUGAUCCAGGUUUUUCUGAAUUUGUCGAUUCUAUCGGAAAUAACUGGCAAGAAUCAGAAGUAUCUCUGGAAAUUUUUGAAACAACUCAUGAUAUUAAAAAAGCAAUUUCCUUUUUGUAUCCAAAAAAUUCACUUACAGAUUUUAAUGCAUUACAAACAAGAGCUUUUCUUAGUCCCCGCAAUAUUUUAGUAGAUGAUUUCAAUAGUCGAAUUCUCAAUAAUUUACAGGGAACUGUUCACACAUAUUUCAGUUAUGAUGUCGUAAAGGAAAAUGAUGAAAUAUUAUAUGAUCACACAAUUGCAACACCAGAUUAUCUAGCUUAA